AUGUAUAGUGAGGGCGGUGGCAUAGUGGUCGGUGAGGCUAGUGUGCAGUACAGCAGCGCGCACAGCAGUCAUGUCACAGUAACGCACAAAUAUGUGAUCAAUGCAGGAGGCAGUGUCCUGUGUAACUCUAGUCGGUCUGUCCACACACUGUACAAGUCCAGAACCAAACGGGGUCGACCAACAGUCUUGUUUGCAGACAACGGCACUAACUUCCAAGGGGCUUACAGUGCGUUGAAGCAAAUCGAUUGGAAUGAGAUUGUUGAGUACAGCACAAUCAAACGUAUAAAAUGGAAAUUCAACCCACCUGCCUCACCAUGUUGUGAAUCUGUCAUAAAUAGUAGACCCUUGACUUACAUUUCAGAAGACAGCCAUGACAUGGAAGUUUUGACGCCAGCUAUGUUUUUGAAUGGUACGAAGGAGUAUGGAGUUAUUGAUUUGGACCAGAUCAACUACACAAAUUUGUCUCGACGUUGGAACUUUAAAUUGAAAUUAAAAGAAGAUCUUGAAAAAAGAUUUAGAAGUGAAUAUUUAAGUCAAUUGGUGUUACAUUCAAAGAAGAAGAAAUCUCAUCAAGUACAAGUUGGAGAAAUUGUUUUUCUUGGAAGCGACAAUACCAAACGGAUGGACUGGCCUUUGGCGAAGAUUGAGAAGAUACUUCCUGGAAAAGAUGGCAACAUACGUCUUGUGGAAAUAAAAACAUCAAAAGGAACAGUGCUGAGACCCAUACAACAUGUGUUUCCACUUGAAUUGGUCCAGCAGAAAGACAAUCAAGAUGGUAAUGACACAUUCGAAAUGGAAGAUGAACAAGUAGCUGAAGGUGUUGAUCGUGAACAUGAUCAACCUGUUUACACACAAAGAGGAAGAAAAAUUAUACCCCCACAAAGAUACCUGAAUUAA